CAUUUACUAUAAAUCUGUGGGUUGGGCAAGACAUUAGAAAUAACAUAUCAGAAAUUAGACUUUAGGUAUAACGGGUAGACAUUUUAAAAAGCAAUGUUUAGUUUCAAAGUUUUCUUUUAUUUGUGUUUCAUAACACCUGUGGUAUUGGGCUACAGACGUAUCAAACACUCGGGAACCGACCUUAUACUUGCCAAAGCUGGGGAGACCAUUGAGGUGGUCUGCGACAAAGACGUGCCGCUAGUCCGGUGCGGGUUCACACACCCGAACGGAACUAAAGUUUUAUUUGUAGACGUCGUCCCCGGCACACCCUCAUGCAAAUUCACUACCGACGUCACUCCCUCCGAAAUAGGCCUCUGGACCUGCCAUCUAUGGACCCCAAUGGAGCCUCAGGAAGAAAUCACAAAAACCGUCGAAGUGAGGGUAGUCGACAAGUUUUCUGCGUUAGACAGAGAGGUCGGAGUGAGGAAGGGGGAUAGAGCGACGCUGUCGUGCGUCAGUUCAGAGGGCAUGGUUCCGUUGAACGGGUGUUUCUUUACGUCACCGAGGCAGGAAAGGAUUCACAUGGAUGAUGGAAUUAUUGAGGAAAAUCUCGUCCUCAAUAAGUAUUUCUACCCUCCCAACCUGAGCGUACACAGAGGCGACUGCAGCAUCACGAUUCAGUCUACGGAUGUCACUGACGAAGGCAUCUGGGCUUGUACCGGCUUACUGGAGUUUGAGAACCGGGCGUAUACUGACUACAUACGCUUGAGCCUGUAUGAUGUGACUGAAGCUACAGAUUUAGAUGUCAAACCUUUCAUCAUCACCGCAGCAACCUUCGCCUGCGUUACUCUAUGCCUCAUCGCAUUCUUAGCCCUUAUCUGUUGGAAAGAGAGGUACUAUACUCGCUUCUACGGGAGGAAAUGGGACGAAGAUAGUCUUGAGAGCUUCGGAAUGAAAACUGACGUAUCACAGAGGAUUAGAGAGACUAAAUGAGAUGUAUGACUCUUCUUCCUUGAGAUAUUCUUGCAUUUUGCCAUGGCUCAUCGGAGCCCUAGGUCGGUUAGAGCGUUUUCACAUUAUUGUCGGAAGGAUUUCACAGGCAAAAAUCAAAGAUGGCGGCUUCAUAUAUGGGAUAUCGGUCCUACAUCCGAUAUCGGAUCGGAUAAUGUGAAAACGCACAUGACAACUACGUAAUUCCAGCAUUUGGAGCAGACACUAGUUUGUACAAAAGCGACUGCACCGACUACCGUGACUUGUAUUAGUUGUAAGGACUUAAAAACCGUGAUAAAUAUAUGUAUAUAAAAUAAAAGCAAUUCUGGUAGAAAAUAAUACUAUUAUUGUCUCUGAAAUGAAUAAAGAGAAUGCAUAUCAUAUAAUUGUUUAGUAAAAUUAGUAACGGUAUACCUAAGUAUAAGUAACUACAGUAUGGGGUUCUUCAAAAAAGGAGUGUACCUACAAGUUUUUAAUUGGUCGGCAACGCGCAUGUGACACCCCUUGAGUUACA